UGCGGCGACUGUUGGGGGCACCGUAAGAUGGCGGCCGGUUUCUUCACGCUCGCGCUCCCUAUCCGCGAUCCAGCCUUUUACAACGAGAUCAGUGGGUCCUUCUUCCGCGUGUGUUUCGCGCUAGAGGUCACGUGAGCCCCUGUUAAAUCUACACCCAUCCGUGCGCUGCGGGAUCGUUACUAAACUACAGCGACUACAGCCGAAAGCUCUCUCGUGACGCUACUAUUCCGUUGAAACUAUUUCGCGUGAAAGCUUCUUACCAGCGUUAUUAGUGCUGUUUGCUUGACUUCUGAUAAGGAUAUGGACGUGGGAAAAGAAGCCAUCGAGGAAGGCAAUGGGGAUGCCUCCCAUAUGCUGGACCUGCAGUGUGACUUGGAUGACCCUACUUUUGACCAAGUGGAUGUGCACAUUCAGGAAAAUAUGGAGGACGAAUUUAUACAGGAAGCACUCCAAUCGGGUAUGGACUUGCGACAGUACUCCCUACAGGUGGAAAAGGAUUUGCAGAAUAUUGAAAACCUUGCAAUUGAAGACUAUAUUGAGGAAAGCUUGAACAUUGCUAGUCUUCACAACCAGAUAGUUGCUUGCGACCAGAUCCUGGAGCACAUGGAAAAGAUGCUGAAGACAUUCCAGGAAGACCUAGGGAGCAUCAGCCAAGAAAUUCUUACGUUGCAGCAACAAUCUGUUUCUAUGAAUAUCCGCCUGAAAAAUAGGCAGGCAGUCAGAGGACAGCUGAGCCAGUUUGUAGAUGACAUUGUAGUUCCAAACUCCAUGAUCAACCGUAUUCUGGAAACCCCUGUAACAGAAAAAGAAUUUUUGGAGCAACUCUAUGUUCUGGACCACAAGAUAUCUUUCGUGAAGGAACAAUCAUUCAGGGACUUCCGCUCCUGUCAGGAUGUAAAGGAAAUUUUGGAUGGCCUGAAAUACAAGUCAAUAGCCAAAGUGAGGGAGUACCUGCUACAAAAGGUGUACUCAUUCCGUAAGCCCACAACCAACUACCAGGUGCCACAGAAUGCGAUGCUGAAACACAAGUUCUUCUACCAGUUUCUUAUGGCGCACGAUAGAGAAACUGCACAAGAUGUAAGAGAAGAAUAUGUCACCACAAUGGGCAAGGUCCUCUUCUCAUACUUCAAGAGCUACACCAGCCAGCUCAUGAAACUGCAGUUUGAAGAAGUUCCUGAAAAGGAUGAUCUGAUGGGUGUAGAAGAUACCACAAAGAGAAGCUUGUUCAGCUCUAAGCCCUCACUCAAGAAUCGUUCAACUGUGUUUACGCUGGGGAGCAGGAACAGCGUCCUUACCAGUGAACUGGAAAGUCCCAUCAUUGUACCUCACACCUCACAAAAGAGUGACUUGAAAUAUCCAUUUGAGAGCCUCUUCAGGAGUCAACAGUAUGCAUUGGUGGACAAUGCAUGUCGUGAAUACCUAUUUAUCACAGAAUUUUUUGUGUGUUCUGGAACAGUUGCACAAGAGGUGUUUAAUAUCAUCAUGAACAAAACCACCACCAUGAUUCUGAAACAUAUGGAAGUGUAUGCUCAGGACUGCUAUGAUUCUGUAGCCCUGUUUCUCUGCAUACAUAUCAUUCAUCGCUACCAGCUGCUGAUGCAUGAAAGAAAUGUUCCUGCUCUGGACAGGUACUGGGAAUCCCUUUUGCAGCUAAUGCAUCCCAGGUUUGAAUGCAUUCUCAAACUCAAUAUUCAAAGCAUCAAGGAUUGCGACCCACAGAAAUUGAGGAACAUUGAUAUGAGACCACACUAUAUCACACGGAGGUAUGCCGAGUUUUCAGCAGCCAUUGUGAGCAUCAAUGAGAACUUUCCAAGCGAACGUGUUUCUUCCUUGUUGGCACUGCUGCAGGGGGAAGUUGAAAAUUUCAUCUUGCGAAUGGCGGCUGAAUUUCCUGGCCGUAAAGAACAACUCAUCUUCUUGAUCAACAACUAUGACAUGAUGCUUAGUGUUCUUUUGGAGCGCACAAAAGAGGAUUCAAAGGAAAGUGAAAGUUUCAAGGAGCUGUUAACUGCACGAACCCAAGAGUACGUGGAGGAAGUCCUUGCACCUCACUUUGGAGGCAUGAUCAUGUUUGUCAAGGAGUGUGAAAUGUUGCAAGAGAGGGGUCUCAUUGAACAGAUGCGCAAAGAAGAAAAGAAAGUUAGUAGCCUGGUGAGGUCAUUCAACAUGGGCUGGAAAAAGGCCAUUGAUGACAUCAACAACGACAUUAUGCAGACCUUUACAAAUUUCAGGAAUGGCACCAAUAUCUUACAGGCAGCCCUGACACAACUGAUCCAGUAUUAUCACAGAUUCCAGAAGGUACUGGGCCUCCCACCUUUCAAGCAGUCCCUGGUUCGGGCAGAGCUGCUCAACAUACAUCACCUCAUGGUAGAAGUAAAGAAAUACAAGCCAAACUUUUAGGCUUAUCCUCAAAUGAUGACUGCAGUAAGAGUUAUUCGGCACAAAGAUAUACCAUUGUGAACAUUCAGUGAUAGCAAAAAUGCUGAUAUGGUUUGGAGCACAAUUGCUUGAUCAAGACAUCAGAGAACUUUUGCAUUGCUCCUUCUCGAUGCUGAUGGCUUAACAGAGACCAAGAUUUGGCUAAAUUUUUUAAGCAGUUAGAGUAAUGCUCAUGUAUCAAGAUGCUAACAGCUACCGCAAACUUAUAAUACUAUUGGGUGAUAUCGCUGUCAGCGGUCUGAGCUGAUUGGGCUGAAAACAUGCAGGACAAAGCUAUGGAAACCCCGCUAAGAAACACAUACUACUGCUGUGUUUGCCACCGAUCGACAGUCUACUUGGCCAAUUUUUUUGUACGAAAAGUGCUUAGAUAUUAAAUAAAGGAAUUUUGAAAGA